AUGGACAUGGAGGUGCUGCGCUUCCCGCUGUCGUCUCCGAGCGCGCGCGCGCCCGCCAACGCCAACGUGUGGGAGCGGCUGCUGCAGACGUUCGCCGUGCCGGCGCCCACCGCCCACCGCUUCUUGCCAAAGCUGAAGGCCGGCCCGCUGCUGCUGGAGGUGGGGCAGCCGCCCGAGUGGAAGCCGUUCGAGGUGGUGCUGGCGGGCGCGUCCGCCGCCGAUCUGGGGCUCUACUACUACCCGCACAAGGAGGACGCCACGCCCAUGGGCUGCAUCCGCCUGCAGAGCGCGCACAUCGACAGCCUCGAGGAGGUGCUCAUGGUCGUGGCCAAGGACAAGACGUGGUUCCUGUGCGCCGACCACGUGCGCGACGCCAGUGACUGGUGCGACGCCAUCUGCUCCGCCAUUGAGCGCGUGAGUAACCGCGACGGGGCCGCCACGCAGCACCAGCUGCAGGAGAGGCGACGGCGGCUCAACAGCAGCGCGUCGGCUGUCACGCUCUGCGAGCUGCAGUCGCGCGGCGCCAAGGCCAGGGUGGACGAGUUCCUCGAGGUCUUCGUGCGCUCGACCAGGGAGGACAUGUGUCUACAGGCAGCCAAGGGGGCCCUGUCCUGGUCCUGUAUGCGCAGCCUCGCGUGGAAAGUGUGGCUCGAGUGCAUCCCUGCCGACGUGCCGUUCAGCCAGUGGGUCGUCAUCGCCCGCGACAAGCGCCAACGCUACGAGAAGCUGCGCAAGAAGCAGAAUUUGUUCCAGGACCUGCUCGUCGGCAAGCAGCGACCGGAGGAUUUGUUGACCAUGUGUGAGACCUCGACGGAUAGCCUUCUGUACAGCAUCUACAAGGACGUCCGUCGAACGCGCGGAGACAUGCCCUACUUCCGCGACCCCGUUGUGCAGUGUCUGUUGAUCCGUGUGCUCUAUGUCUACUCCGCGACGCACUCCGAGAUCUCGUACAACCAAGGCAUGGGCGAGCUGUUGGCGACGCUGGUGUACCUGUUGCAUAUUGAGCAGUGGCCAACUGAUGAGGACGAUAUCGAAGAGGUGAUCGCUGGAGAACAUGACGCGGAGCCUGAUGGACGUCUCAGCGGAUCGUACUUCUUCCCUGCAACUUCCCCCACGAAGGAGCAGGCAGAGGACACCAGCACGGAGGAGGAAGACACCUCGUACGUCUACGUGGAGAGCUUCAUCAACAUUCAGAACGACGACUCGUUCCUCGACCGCGAUACUUUCCUUCGUUUAGCUCCGUUUGCCGGUGGGUCUGGAAGAUACUACGAGUGCUGCCGUGACGCCGCAGGCGAAAUUGUUCGCGAGCUGACAGCUUCCGAGUUCAUUGAGCACGAUGCCUAUCUCUUGCUGGAGGAGAUGAUGCUGCGCAUGGCAGGAACCUACUGUCCUCAUGUCCGGAUCCCACGCAGGAACUCGCGCUCGGAGAAGCCGCUGAGCUCGGCAGACCAACUCCCACCCUCGCCUCUUGACGACCAGAUGAACCGCAUCCACCAUCAUAUUUUGAGUCGGUGCGAUCCGCCAACUGCGAGGCAUCUCGCGAAGCUCGGAGUGGAGCCGCAGAUCUUCCUGCUGCGGUGGGUUCGUGUGCUGAUGGCGCGCGAGUUCGAGACACCGCAGGUGUGGCAGAUUUGGGAUGCCAUCUUCAGCCUCACGCCCAGCGACUUCUCCUUCAUCAACCUCCUCUGCGUCGCUGUUGUCCGUGAGUUCCGCGAAGAGAUUUUGGCAGCUGAGGAUGCUACAAAUGUGUUGCUUAGCUUACGCGACAUCGCUGACCGCAUCGAGCCCCCUCGCCUUGUGGACAAUGCUCGCGAACUGUACGAUGCGUUGCUCAUUGCCGCGGCGGUGGAGGCGUCGAUGGGGUCAGCCUGA